GGAGGUGGGCGGGGCGUCCGGCGCUGGCCCCGCCUCCUCGUCCUGGCUGGUCCCCAAUAUCUAGACACUCGUGGGAGCUAGGGAUCCAGACAGGUGAGCCCUGCGUCCGGCAGCCGUCAGGAUGGAGUUCGUGAAGUGCCUAGGCCACCCGGAGGAGUUCUACAACCUGCUGCGAUUCCGCAUGGGAGGCCGGCGGAAUUUCAUAACCAAGAUGGACCAGGACUCGCUCAGCAGCAGUUUGAAGACCUGCUACAAGUAUCUGAAUCAGACCAGUCGCAGCUUCGCCGCCGUUAUCCAGGCGCUGGAUGGGGAAAUUCGCCAUGCAGUCUGUGUGUUUUAUCUGGUUCUCCGAGCUCUGGACACCGUGGAAGAUGACAUGAGCAUCAGUGUGGAGAAGAAGGUCCCGAUGCUGCGCAACUUUCACACUUUCCUCUAUGAGCCCGAGUGGCGGUUCACGGAGAGCACGCAGAAGGACCGGCAAGUGCUGGAGGACUUCCCCACGAUCUCCUUGGAGUUUAGAAAUCUGGCUGAGAAAUAUCAAACAGUGAUUGCUGACAUCUGCCAGAAAAUGGGUUGUGGGAUGGCGGAAUUUGUGGACAAGCAUGUGACCUCCAAACAGGACUGGGACAAGUAUUGUCACUACGUUGCUGGACUGGUAGGAAUUGGCCUUUCUCGUCUGUUCUCGACCUCAGAGUUUGAAGAUCCCUUAGUUGGUGAAGACACAGAGUGUGCCAACUCAAUGGGUCUAUUCCUGCAGAAAACAAAUAUCAUUCGCGAUUAUCUGGAGGACCAACAAGAAGGAAGAGCAUUUUGGCCUCAAGAGGUGUGGGGCAGAUACGUUAAGAAGCUAGAAGACUUUGCUAAGCCAGAAAACAUAGAUGUGGCCGUGCAGUGCUUGAAUGAACUCAUAACCAACACCCUGCACCACAUCCCCCACGUCAUCACCUACCUGUCAAGGCUCCGGAACCAAAGUGUGUUUAACUUCUGUGCCAUUCCACAGGUAAUGGCCAUCGCUACGCUGGCUGCCUGUUAUAACAAUCAGCAAGUUUUCAGAGGAGUAGUGAAGAUUCGGAAGGGACAAGCAGUUACCCUCAUGAUGGAUGCCACCAACAUGCCAGCCGUCAAAGCUAUCAUACACCAGUACAUAGAAGAGAUUUAUCACCGGAUCCCCAACUCGGACCCGUCUUCCAGCAAAACCAAGGAAGUCAUCUCCACCAUCAGGACACAGAGCCUUCCCAACUGUCAGCUCAUCUCCCGAAGCCACUACUCCCCCAUUUACCUGUCGUUUGUCAUGCUCUUGGCUGCUCUGAGCUGGCAGUACCUGAGCACCCUGACCCAGGUCACAGAAGACUAUGUGCAGACAGGAGAACACUGAUUUUAUUUGGCUGGAAGCCAACAUUCACAUGCAAAAUGGUUUGCAUUUUCCUCCAGGUGGAUUUUGACUUCCCUUUCGUUUUCCCUACUUUAAUCUCUUGGAGAACUGUGUGUGGGACCUUUAGAAACUGCAGAGGAAAAGUCGCCUUGCCCCCAGCAGCCUGGUGCUUGUUGGGUCUUGGUCUCUCUGCCUCUUGUAGCCAUUGGCAGCAUGCUCACUGCUGCACUUUAGAUGGUCACAAGCUCCUAGUGAACCUGGCUAGAGUGACAAUUGAACUUAUUUAAUUUGAAACAGCCUUUGAAUACCUGUCAUGACUUUUCCUUCCGUCUGGUUCCUGUUUUUCCCAUCAGUUUGACAGUGGAAGGCGCUAAUCGUCUUCACGCUAGGUGAUGUUGUCAUGCUCCCCAAGAGAGCAGGUGUGUCUUUCCCAAGGGGAGCUUGAGCAUCAUCAGUGCCUCCAGUAAAAGCUUUUGUAGCAUGUAA